CGUAUCGCUUUCCUCGUUCCUCUUUCCUCUUCCUCUCCCAACACUGUCAACUCCAAACUCGCCUUCACCUUCAGGGAGGACAGAUUCUUGCGAUGGAGGCCAUCGCCGCCCUCGGACUCGCCUGCAAUGUGAUGCAGCUGAUCGACUUCAGCGGUGAGGUUAUCUCUGUAGCCCGACAUGCAUACCAGGCUGGCUCUGUCGAAGACGACUUGUCCGACCGGGCAGCUCGCCUUGCCGACUUGUCCGCAGCCGUAAAUGGGUUCCUGGGUAGCGCUUCGAAUCCUGUCACCACGGCGCAGAAGGACUUGCAGGAAGUCGCUCGGAAAUGUUACCAUACGUCCCUCGAGCUUCAGGACGAAAUCAAGAGCCUCUGUCCACCUGCUGGGGGGAGGCGUAGUGUGAUGCGCGCUGUCGGUGCUUCUCUCAAGACUGUGGUUCGGAAGAACCGCCUCAAGAAGUUAUCGGACAACAUGUUGCACUGGCAGAAAGUGAUGGAUUCUGGUCUCCUCCUUCGCAUCUGCUCCAUGAACGAAGCCCAGGCUCUGGCGAGUCAGAAGGACUUUGACAAGCUCGAUCUCAAUCUACGAAAGGUGAUUGAGCAACUGGCCCAGGGACAGUCGAAGCUGAUGGAGACGAUGGCAAACGAGUCCUCAGCUAUCCAGACUCACGUCACGGCCGAAGUAUCCAAGUCUCAGGAUGUGCUAGCCCAGAAGAUUGAGACGCAGGCGGAAGAGACGCGCGCCGGCGUGUCUCAGAGCCUGAGUAAUCUGCACCUCUCUGCAGCCACGGAUGCAAGACGCGAGAAGCUCCUCAGGAGUCUGAAGUAUCUUGGCAUGAACCAGCGAGAAAAUAUGGUUCAGGAGUCCUUCAAAGACACGUUCAAGUGGAUCUUCUCAACAGACCUAAUGGAUUGGGACAGCUUCACGGCGUGGCUCGGAUCGGACGAGAAGCUGUACUGGAUCAGUGGAAAGCCCGGCUCUGGGAAAAGCACGCUGAUGAAAUUCAUCAGCGGUGAGGAGAAAACGAGGGAAUUCCUAAAUCCCGGCACCGUCGUUCUCUCUCAUUAUCUUUGGGCGCCUGGGAGCCCAAUGCAAAAGUCAAUCAGGGGCGUCCUACAAGCUUUGCUCUACCAGUUCUUGCUCGAGGAACCCUCGCUGAUUGACCUCCUUCUCCAAGCUGUGAAGGACGUCGACAGAAAGGACCAUGAUAGCGACUGGUCAUUGCCCGAGCUUAAUAGCUCACUCAAAAUGGCGCUGUCUUCUUCGACCCGACCGACAUGCAUCUUCCUGGACGGCCUGGACGAAGUUUCUCCCUCGGAUGGACCUUUUGAACUCAUGGACCUCAUUGAAGAAAUCGCGAAUAUUCCUCGCGUCAAAUUCUGUGUCGCCAGCAGGCCGGAGCCAGCUUACCAAAAACGGUACCUUCAAUGUCCCAAAUUGAGGCUCCAGGACCUGACAAGAGAAGAUAUGGAGAAAGUUUGCAGGGUCUUUCUUAAAUUCCUUGAAGGCGAUAUUCUCGAAAAAUGGGGCGGCUCUCGUCCGCGCGAUGACCCCUUCGGGGAUUUCGUUGCAGACCUCACCAGAAAGGCCGAGGGUGUGUUUCUCUGGGUCCACCUUGCCCUGAAGAGCAUCCAGCGAGGCUACUCAAACUCGGAUUCCUGGGAAGAGAUACAGAACCGCAUUCACAAUAUCCCCGCCGGACUGGACAAACUCUACCUCUCCAUGUGGGAACGGGCCAAUGUCGACGAAGGAAUUUACGAGGACAGCGCCUCGGUCUAUCUGAACUUGGUCCUUGAGGCAAAAAGGAGCUACUUGGGGGGCUUUGCGCGCGGGUCACUCUCGGUAUUCGAGCUCAUGGUGGCGAGCGAGGCGUCGGUCCAAGCCGCUAUUCUCGACGGUCAGGGCCCGAAGCCGACUCCAGACAACCUCAAGAAACGGUGCUACUCUCUGAUGAAGAGAAUCGAAUCCCGCUGCGCCGGGUUGAUUAUGUUUAACCGCAUAAAUUAUGGCCCGCCACACAUGACGGAACCAGGGGAGUGGGACGCUCUCGUCCCCCUGACCAAGUUGGAGGCCACCUUCCUUCAUCGUACGGCAUUCGACUUCUUGACCGAAACGCAAGGGGGCAGGGACAUACUGGAGAGAGACGCCACAUCUGAAGGUGAUCGCCUUGUCAAAUUGCUGCGAGCGUUGAUGACGCAAUACGCAAUGUGGACCAUCGUGGGGCGCCCGAACAGCGGCAUCGGAAAGCUGAAACAUGACGUCGACCGAUUCAUCUAUAUCGUGGGAACCAUCCACAGCUUUAUGCCGGCCAUCUCGGAGAGCACGGCAGAGACGCUGCUGCAUUCAUGCGAGACCAUCUGGAACGCCAAACUCCCACGUUUGGAAGCGGACGCGCCGGGAGCUCAACUCCCCGACUUCCUUGGCUACGUCGCAGGUAUCGGCCUCUAUGACUUUGUAAGGAACCGGGUAGAAGAAGCCGAAAGGUCGGCAGGGCGAAAGAUCUCGCGGGCCUAUAGAGACUACCUGCUGCACCGGGCCUCGGCGAGCUACUGCGAACCGACCUCUAAAGGGAACCACCUCUUGGUCCGAUGGCUUCUCCAGGAAAAAGCUAACUCUUCCUUGGCGUGGUUCCAUACGCACCGUGAUUUAUUUGCAUACCCCAGGGCAAUCUGGCUCACGCCGGCCGUCAUGAACGUAAUCAUGGGUGGUAUCGAGGACUUGGUAGGAUUGAGGAAUGAUGUCCUCUUAUUGGACCGCACACAACAAUCAUGCAACACCAUCAAGCAGAUUCUGAUGACUGGGCCGACCAUGGAUCACAAGACGGUCCUUAAAUUUCAUCCCGAUAUCGGUGACUCAGAGCCCUUCAAUAUAUUUUGCUUAACCGACGGGCUCUUCUCCUUGGAUGAAAACACAUUAAUUCUCGAGGUCAAUACCCUAUUUCUGCUGCAAUUAUUUGUCGACAUGAUCCGGUCUUCCUGGCCGCGGAUCAAAGAUACCGACGAACUCUUGUCGUGGACGCUGUGUCAGCACGCAAGUCGGGUUUGGCACGGCGACACUAAGCCCUCAGUCCGACUUGUUUCUGACAAGUCACCAAAUGAUGACGGGCUCUACGGGCUCCAGCCUAUAUCGAAGUGUUAUCUGGACGCUGAUCUUGUACGCCCAUUGCUGGUUCGCAUUCUGAUACAUGACGAGAUUGAGAAGAACAAGGCGGGAAACGAGUUGCUUUCAUUGAUCACCGAGACUGCCAGAAGCGUUGGAAUGGUACCGCUGAGGGACAUUGGUGAGGCGGUUCAGGAGUACGCCUUCUUUUCUUGGCCAGCCCCAGAGAAACACGCGAGAGAGUUUCCUCCACCUAUGUUUGAGAGUGAAAAGGAGUCAGACAACGUAGGCGGUAUAGCGUUAGGAAAAGAGGCAUAAGUGGUGAACCCAAGCAAUGACUCAUUCGA